ACACGAAAGCCCGUCGACUACACCACGGUGUCGCGCUCGCGCCGCCGUCAGUCGCCCGAAAGGUCGAAUCCGGUAUGGUGACGGUCGUGACCGUCGUCGCCUCCGUAGUAAGUGGUCGUCAUCGUCGUGAUUGCGCUGCCGCCGCCGCCGCCUCCACUUUUAGUCGCUGCUGCUAUCGCCGCCCCCGCCGCUUGUAUUUUUUAGUCGCGCGGCCAUGUAGUUGCGGAUAGUCGGCUGGCAGACGUUACGCGCGCGGACGACGUGAAGCAACAGCGGCGGACGACCAUCGCACGCGAACGUACGUGUAACGACAAUUGUAACAAUAACGGAACGGUUUUUUCGAGGACGGGAGAGAACGCCUACGGCCGACGAUCGUUCGACUGAGCUAUGCGAACGCGAUGGCUCGCGCGCCGCCACUUCCGACAGCCGGGGACGAUCACGUCCCUUUGGUCAACCGUCUGGUGCGCGUUGGAUACUACGAGAUGGAGAAGACCAUCGGCAAGGGCUAUUUCGCCGUCGUCAAGCUGGCCAAGCACGUCGUCACCAACUCCAAGGUUGCCAUUAAAAUCAUUGACAAAACACAAUUAAAAAAGGAUGAUUUGAAAAAAACAUUUAGAGAAAUUCAAAUUAUGUCAAAACUUAAUCAUCCUCAUGUAGUAAGAUUAUAUCAGGUUAUGGAAUCCGAAAAAAUGAUAUAUUUAGUUACUGAAUAUGCUGCUGGAGGUGAACUUUUUGACUUUUUGGUAAAAAAUGGAAGAAUGGAUGAACCAGCCGCUUGUCAUAUUUUUAAACAAAUUGUUGAAGCCGUUAGCUAUUGUCAUAACAACAAUAUUGUUCAUAGAGACUUAAAAGCAGAAAAUUUGCUUUUAGAUGCUAACAACAAUAUUAAACUUGCCGAUUUUGGAUUCAGCAAUCAUUUCUAUGAAGGAAAACUACUUUCUACUUGGUGUGGUUCCCCUCCAUAUGCAGCUCCAGAAUUAUUUCAAGGACUAGAGUAUGAUGGACCAAAAGCUGAUAUUUGGAGUUUAGGUGUGGUAUUGUAUGUAUUGGUGUGUGGUUCUCUUCCAUUUGAUGGACACACUUUAAAGGUUCUCCGUGCUAAUAUCCUUUCUGGAAUGUUUCGUGUGCCAUAUUUCAUGUCCGCUGCAUGCGAACAUUUAAUUCGACAUAUGUUAGUUAUUGAACCUGAAAAGAGACUAAGUCUGAAUCAAAUUGAGUCUCAUAAAUGGAUAAAACAAUUUUCAGAGCCAACUCCUAAACGAUUAACUGUUGAUAUAAACCCAAUGAUGAAUACUGCUGUUAUAGAACUUAUGUUACAGUUACCUGGUUUAGACAAAGAUAUGAUAGUCAAUUCCGUACAACAACAAAAAUAUGAUCAUGUCAGUGCAAUUUAUCAUUUGCUUGUUGAUAAACUUGAAUCAUCUGUCCAUCAAUGCAACAAUUCCAAUCAAUCGUUUGUCAAUGAAACCAAAAUAGAUGGAUCUGUUAACAUAAAUUCAAAUAUAAUUGAAAACUUACCAUUAUAUUCUAUGUCACUUUACACUCAAGAUUGUUCAAUUUAUGAUAGUCAGCAGUUAGAAAAAUAUGGAGAUGUUGACAUUGGAGAAUCUGCUGGUUUAAACAAGAUUCAAGAUAACCACCCAGUAACUACUCGACGCCAUACAGUUGGUCCGGGAAAUGGUUUAAUGACUCAAGUUAUGGAAUCACAUUAUAUUACACAUCUUCAUACGGGAUGUAAUGCAAAUGUAUUGCCAAAUACAAAUUUACCUUUAAAUAUUCCAUUAGUUGAAUGUCAAUCUCCCAAGAAUUUUACAAUAAAAGAUCAACAUUUAUUGAAACCCCCUCAAGUCAUGGGAGCAAAUAACAAUUUUGGUAGACGUGCUUCAGACGGUGGUGCUAAUUUACAAAUGUCUCAAAAGAUGAAUUGUACAUAUAGUGAACCUAGUAGCAAAGAAGAUUUAAAAAAACAAACAAAAAUAGAUCCAAAUGAUUUAAGAAAUGCAAUAAUUGAUCAAUCGAGUAAAGGAAACUUAUUGUCUGAAGAAAAUACUACUUCGGCCGGAUCAUCUAGUCGUUAUCCAAAAGUAAUAUGCAGUACCUCUAGACAUGGAAUAGGUAGUAAGGAUGAAAUUCAAACCCAACAAACUAAUCUACAAAAUACUAGAACUAGACGCAGUGGUGUUUUAACUGUAAUGGAUAGACCUCCAGUCAUUAGUCCUGAAGUGGUACGUGAAGUAGAAGCACGUAUGAACCGAGAGUAUAUACCACCACCAUUACCAUUGGUCAGCACUCCUAGACAUAAUCACCGCUUAUCACAGGUUUCAGUCUUGCCUACAGUUCAAGAACUCCAUAGACAUUCAGGCCGAGAAAGUUUAAAAGAUGUCAGUGGUUAUUUGCCAUCAGAACGAUAUAGUCCCGUCCGAAGAACAAGUGAACCAGUUGUUACAUCUAGUGAACAUCUAGAUCAACCUAAUAUACGGAAUAUACAACAAGAACACAUUCAAUUACAAGUAAUUCAAAAAUUGAGUGAAAAUACAUUGGAUACUUGGGGUCAUGAUGAAUUACAAAUGUUUCAUACAUAUCAUAUGCAAAGUUUACAAAUGUUAUCAGAUCGACCUUCAUUUUUAAAUCCUACCACAAAUCAUCAGGGUAAUUCAAAUAUUCUUAGUCAACAUUUGCAAAAUUUAAAUUUACACCAUUCUCCUUUAAUGAAUGCUCCACAAACUCAAGGUUCAAUAACUCAAGGUACUCCAAAAUAUACAUUAUCUAAUCAAAUUCCUGCUCCAUUGGAUCUACGAACAAACAGUAAAGUAAAUCCUCCGCCAACUAUUGUGGUUGAAACUAAAUCAUUAGAAAAUUGUGAAGAGAAAAUCCUUCCGAAUCCAGAAAUAUCAUUAAUGAUAACUAAUGAAGAUGGUGGUAUGAUGGAAGUAGAUCCAUUACAAAUGAAUUCUGUUGAUUCUGUGGACACUGUUAUUAAUAAUUUUCUGAAUAAAACAUAUAAUGAUCAACCAUUAUCAGCAAUACACAAUGAUUAUGAUAAGGUGAAUAAUGAUUUAACUGCUGGUAGAAAUGAAAUAAUUACAGAUAUAGAAUCUUCAACAUGUUUAAAAACCGCUCCACUUUUUUCUGAUUAUAUUCUUAAAAGAACAGCUAGCGAUGCAUUUGUUGUUGAUUUGUCAGAAUUUUAUUCAAAUUUCACAUCAGUUAAUAUACUCAACAUUGUCAAAUACUUAAUAUCAUCCAAUAUUCAGGCAUGGCCAGUAGUAGACAGACAGAAUGUUUUACAAUUUUCAACUGGCUUAAAGAUUGGGCUAGAAGUGUGUCCAAGCAAUACUGGGGCUAACUCAUAUUUAAAAAUUCAACGACUCUCUGGGGAUUUUACCGAAUACAAUAACAUUUGUCAUCAACUAGUUGAAGACUAUUUACCUUGUAAUGAAUAAUGUUAUUAAUCUUUAUGUUAUUUUUAAUCUUCUCAUGGCUGUGCUACUUUUGUGAAUGCAAAUAAUUAAUAUUAGCCAUUAGUUUUAUUAAGUGUAAGCGUCUCUUGAUAUUAGAAUUUAUAGCCCUAAAUUAUACUGUUGUGAAUUAUAACCAGUCAUAUUUGUUAAAUGUUGACUGAUUUCAAUGUAGGUAAAUGUAUUUAUUUAUUUCAAAAAGUUU